UUUUCUUUCCUUUAAAGAUGCAUUGGCUGAAAUUCCAGUGUUAGACAGGAAACACACUGUGUCAUCUCUUUGGGGAGCAAAUGUCAGCAUCUUUAACUUCAAUGGCUGUGUUAGUUGUGCAUGUGUGUGUGCGUGUGCGUGCAUGUGUCUCUUUGUGUGUGCGUAUUCUUUUCAGGCUCAGAAUAACAAGCAGGCAUAUAGAGUGUCCAGUUGAAGCAAUAGGUGUGUGAGAAGGUGUGGAGCCUGUAAGCACAUCCCUCUGUGCACUAAAAGAGAGAGAGGGAGAGAGCAAGAGAGAGAGAGUGCUGUCAUCUAUUUUCUCUGCCUAGCACUUGUCUGGUUGCUCUCCAUGUCAGCUGCAGUGCUCUGAGAGCGCAUAUCGCUUUAAAAACAACAACCGGAGAGGGGAGAGAGUAAGAGACCAGGCUGCAUUUCCUUAAUGGGAAUGUUUGUGUUUGUGGCGCUCGGACUUCUGGACAGCAUUCCUUCAGUGAGAAGAGAAGAGGGAGAGGAAAGGAGAAGGGGGCAGAGAGAGAGAGUCAGCAGGGACUACUCUAGCUGUGUGGGACUGGACAGAAUGACUAGCAAGGUUUGACCUUGAGGAGGCAUCAGACCGCUGAAUCCCAGGAGAGUCCGGAGGGACAGAGAGUGGGACAAAGGCAGGGGGGCAUGAGGAGAAGGAGGAGGAGAAAGCUUCAUGGUUCACCUGUCUCUCUUUGGCUCACGUCCUGGGACGACCCAGUGAUCUGCUGGAGCUAAGUGGUAUCAAGAGGACCACAGAAGGUAACACCUUCUCAUUACCUGGGCCUCGCUGGAUUCUUACCUGUCACUGCUCACCUGUGCAAAUAACUUUAGAUUUGUGAGUGUAUUACCUGUGGAUAUAACACUAAUAUCAGCUCAUAUUGCUGGGCUUAACUCUGGAGGUAAACCUGUGUGCUGCCCCAGAGUCCGAGCACUGAGUGCAGUGAUGGAGGCAGUCUUGUUAGGUUUAGAGGAGGCUGUCUUCACUCGGCAGGGUCUCCUGUGGACUCUCACCUCCUCGGCCCUCCGACGCCUCCGUGUGCAGGCCAGGAAUCUUCCCACUCCUCUGCAUCUCAUUUACACACACAGGUGUGUUGCACGACCACUCUACCAGAUGACGGAGGGGAGACGAUGUCAGGUCCAUCUCCUGGACGACAGGAAGCUGGAGCUCCUUGUACAGCCCAAGCUGAUGGCAAAGGAUUUGCUGGACCUUGUGGCCUCUCACUUCAACCUCAAGGAGAAGGAGUACUUUGGCAUUUCCUACACAGAUGAAACGGGCCAUUUUAGUUGGCUGCAGUUGGACCGGAGGGUACUAGAACAUGAAUUCCCCAAGAAGUCUGGGCCCAUAGUCCUCUACUUCUGUGUCAGGUUCUACAUAGAGAGUAUAUCCUACCUGAAGGACAAUGCCACCAUCGAGCUGUUUUUCCUCAAUGCCAAGUCCAGCAUCUACAAGGAGCUUAUCGAAGUUGACAGCGAGGUUGUCUUCGAAUUGGCCUCCUAUAUUCUACAAGAGGCUAAAGGUGAUUUCACAAGCAAUGAUGCAACGAGAUCUGACCUGAAAAAGCUUCCCGCUUUGCCCACCCAGGCCCUGAAGGAGCACCCAUCUUUGGCCUACUGUGAGGACCGGGUCAUAGAACAUUACAAGAAGCUCAGUGGGCAGUCCAGAGGCCAAGCUAUUGUCAAUUACAUGAGCAUCGUAGAGUCUCUCCCCACAUAUGGAGUACAUUACUAUGCUGUAAAGGACAAGCAGGGGAUCCCGUGGUGGCUUGGCCUGAGUUAUAAGGGUAUCUUCCAGUAUGACCACCAGGACAAAGUCAAACCCAGGAAGGUGUUCCAAUGGCGUCAGCUGGAGAACCUCUACUUCAGAGAGAAGAAGUUUUCAGUGGAAGUUCAUGACCCCAGAAGUAGGGCGUCGGUGACAAGAAGGACGUUUGGCCACAGUGGCAUCGCCGUGCAUACGUGGUACGCUUGUCCUGCCCUGAUCAAGUCCAUCUGGGCCAUGGCCAUCAGUCAGCACCAGUUCUACCUGGACCGCAAGCAGAGCAAGUCUAAGAUCCAUGCGGCCCGCAGUUUGAGUGAGAUUGCUAUAGACCUGACAGAGACAGGAACUCUGAAGACCUCCAAACUGGCCAACAUGGGCAGCAAGGGCAAGAUCAUCAGCGGCAGCAGUGGCAGUCUGCUGUCCUCAGGUUCCCAGGAGUCAGACAGCUCUCAAACAGCUAAGAAGGACAUGCUGGCUGCUCUCAGGGCCAGGCAGGAAGCUCUGGAGGAAACACUACGACAGAGACUAGAGGAACUCAAGAGCAUCUGCAUCAGGGAAGCGGAGCUGACAGGAAAACUUCCCAAGGAGUACCCUCUAGACCCGGGAGAGGAGCCCCCCACAGUGAGGAGGAAGAUCGGUACUGCCUUCAAACUGGAUGAGCAGAAAAUCCUCCCUAAGGGAGAGGAAGAGGAGCUUGAGCGUUUGGAGCGAGAGUUCGCCAUCCAGUCCCAGAUAACAGAGGCAGCCAGGCGUCUGGCCACUGAUCCUCACGUGAGCAGUAAGAAGCUGAAGAAGCAGAGGAAAACCUCUUACCUGAAUGCUCUGAAGAAGCUGCAGGAGAUAGAGAACUCUAUCAAUGAAUACCGGGUCCGCUCUGGCAAGAAGCCAACACAGAGGGCAUCACUUAUCAUAGAGGAAGCCAAUAUUGGUUCUGAAGACAGCUCCCUCUCUGACGCUCUGGUCUUGGAUGAUGAUGACCCCCAGGUUACAGGUACUCCCACCUUCUCUCCAGUAGCAUCCCCGCACAAGGGCCUCCCUCCUCGGCCACCGUCUCACAGCCGGCCACCUCCUCCACAGUCUCUGGAUGGCCUGCGACACCUGCACUACACACGCUCUGACUAUGACAAAUCUCCUAUCAAACCCAAGAUGUGGAGUGAGUCAUCGCUUGAUGAGCCCUAUGAGAAAGUGAAGAAACGCUCCUCACAUUCCAGUCAUAGGCGUUUUCCGAGCUCUGGCAGUGCGGAAGCCGGCGGUAGUAACUCUCUACAGAGCAGCCCUAUCAGGAGUCUCCCUCACUGGAGUUCUCAGUCCAGUAUGCCCUCUACCCCAGACCUGAGGACCAGGACACCACACUAUGUACACUCUACCAGGUCAGUGGACAUCAGUCCCACCCGUCUGCACAGUCUGGCUCAGCACUUUAGGAACCGCAGCUCCAGCCUUGAGUCCCAGGGCAAGCUGUUGGCAUCGGACUCCGACACACAUCCACACACCCUGGGCACGCUCGGCAGCCCUGACUUCUUCUUGGGCCCAGGCCGCAGCUCCAAUGGUUCGGACCCACUGGAUGACUGCUCGUCUUGCACCAGCCAGAGCAGCUCUGAGCACUACUACCCCUCUGGAGGUCCCCUGGCUCCUGGCAGCAACCCCAACUACUCCACCCUUGGAGAAGACUCACCCUCCAAGGCUAGGCAGAGGCAGAGGCAAAGGCACAGGUCUGCAGGUCACCUGGGCUCCUCCAACUCCGGCUCCAUGCCAAACCUGGCAGCUAAGAAUGGCUCUGGCGGAGGCACAGGGGGAAGUGGGAUAGGAGGAGGACACCACGGAGUCUACCUCCACAGCCAGAGCCAGCCCUCUUCCCAAUACCGUAUCAAGGAGUACCCCCUAUAUGUGGAGGGCAGCCCCAACGCCGUGGUGGUGCGCAGCCUGGAGAGUGACCAGGAAGGCCACUACAGCGUCAAGGCCCAGUUCAAGACAUCCAGCUCCUACACGGCUGGGGGGCUCUAUAAGGAGACCUGGGGGGGAGAGGAGGGAGGAGAGGGGAGUGGCCGACUCACACCAUCCCGCUCCCAGAUCGUACGGACUCCCUCGCUGGGGCGAGAAGGGGGCGGAGGAGGAGGGGGGAGGGCAGCAGUUUCUGACGAGCUGCGGUGCUGGUACCAGAGGUCCUCAGGGAGCCUGAAGGAGAGGAGUCAUUCACACUCGGGGUCCAAUUCCUCUGACACCGGGUCACAGCAAGGCACUCUGGGACAUGGUCGAGGGAGUAGAGUGGGAACGCUCGCCAAGGGCUCACCAGCUGCAUCCCCUCACAGCCAGAGGAGUAUGACCCCCUCCAGCGAACAGGCAGCCACACCCACACCUCCCUGUAGCCCACAGCACAUCCUCAACUGGCAGAGCGGGUCUUUCAGUGACAGCUGUUUUCUCAGCAGCCCCCUGUGUUCAGAGCUGGCAGAUGUGCAGUGGUAUGGACACGAUAAGGCCAAACCUGGAACCCUGGUCUGAGACCUUCCCGUGGGGCCCUGAAACGUCCCGUUGCCCUCUCCUACUGCCUCUCCACUGUCCCUCACUACUACCCAUCAACAACCAACAACCUCGUCCUUAAAGCCCUACAAAAACCUCGCCUUGACCGGACUGGCGGCCUGGACACAAGCUUCCCUCGACUCUAACCCCACCCUCUACCCAUCUAGUCACACCUCUCCUCAUGCUCCCUCCAUCACAGCUCAGCUGAGCAGGGACACACUCACUGGGCUCUGAUAAGGGAAUAUCUCACAGGGCAGAUGGGAAACGACAGCCUUGGCUCAAACUGUUACCCUACAGUACUACAGAGCUCUUUCAAUACUCAUGCCGAGCACACGAGGAAUGGGGCAAGGUUUGAAGGGUGGAGGGGAGAGAGCACAGAAAAAGAUGUAACAUAAACACUGAAACUCACCAAAAUCAACAUUAGCCAUCCCAGGCUCUGUCUCAUAUCAUACCCGACCCCUGACCUUAUAAAUACCAGUGUACUGCCACAGAAUCAGAGGAUACCUGCUGGAUUUGAGCCACCAGUUUAUACCCAUUUCCUGGCCCAACUGAUAAAUCCGUGUUGGCUUUCAUUAGUCGCAUCGAUGUUGUUUGUCUUUUUGGUUCAUUUCUCCCUGCGUAUUUGUAAAAAGAAUAAAUGACACAUAAGAGACUUUUUUGAAAAGUCUGCAUUAACUAAUGGACAGACAUUGAGAUGACAAAAUUCAAUUCCUCAGUCUAUCCCACAACCAAAGACAACCACCAGAUUGAGUGGUCACACCAGGGUCCCUGGGCUGGAGCCCAUGCAGACUUACUCUCCACCACACCACCACAUAAGCAACUGUCAGUCAACUGAACAAGUGUGAACUCUGAGUUACAAAUGGUUUCUGGGACACUGUCUGGGCUAUUGACAAGGACUAUAGCAAUAACAUGCAUUGUAGAAGUAUACAAACUGGUAGGAUAUUACAGAGUGGAUUUAAGCAGGCAUUUUGCCAUGUUCUUUGCCCUGUGAUAGACUUUGGACCGCUUGUUAUUGGGUUUGGCAGUAAAUACAAUCUAUGCUUACUUCUGUGAAUUCAUCAUUCAUGUUUACUUAAUGUCCUCUGUCUUUAUGAGAUUCUUCUGUCCACACCAUUUUGUUUUGACCACAUGGUGAAAAAUGAACAGUGCUGGAGCCAGGGAGUGGAGGGUCAGGGCGAAGGGCCAAGAGAGGUUGUCAUCGUGGCCUCGUCCAAUCAUGUAUUUUGUUUCAUUUUGCUGAAAUUUUCACUUACAAACAAAAGGUCCUGAAUCUGCCCCUUCCCCCUCAGCUUUGCCUCUAGAAGUGACAGAUGAUUCGCUGUAGACGUCUCUUCUCACCGGUUCUCAGACUGUUCAGUGUUAGGUCUCUACAGUGAAGCAUCUUUUCUCUCUUCAGUAUCUCUUGCUUGGCUCUUCACUGGUUCUCACCGUGUAGCUGUGUAGCUGUCAGUACUUUGUAGCAGGGAAGCAGUGUUUUUGCCUUCUGUCUAUCCCUGUCUUUCUUUCCAUGAGUCUGCCCCACUGUCUAUCUGUCGUGUACAAGAGGAGCAUCCCUACUGAACACACAGGACAACCUGGAUAUUGUAUCUGGGUUACCCUGAACUUAUCCUCUCUCUUUUUAAACAACGCUAGUGAGAACACAUUCAUUGACAGUCAGACCACAUUAUUUUAUGGGCACAUACAAACAGUAGUAUAUUAGUGCCAAAUAUGUUGGUGCUCUAAGUUUGUACUGUGAUUCAACACUGAAACAGCCUCUCCUUAAAGCCACAAACUCCCUCAGAUCCCCCCGACCUAUAGCCAUUGUAUAAAACUGCAGUAAGUCAGAAGAUAAACCUUUCAGACUUCUCCUCUACUGGAUAUCAAGUGGAGCUAUGGCAUUUACAGUUGUUUAGAAAGCAUUCAAUUUUAGUUUGGUCUUAAAGCACAACAUACACAUAAUGUCUAUGAGGGCUAGAUUAGGAAUCAAUGUGUUCUCAUUCUUGUCUCAUGACUUUUUAACACUGAGUUUUAUCAUAGACAUCAGAAGAAACUGAAACAUACCCCACCAGGUAAACACACAAACACAGAUUUUCCCAUUUAGCAGCUGCCUCACCCUAGAAGCAAACAGGGUGUUUUAUCUUAGUGCUUUUAGUAUCAGUCGAUGAUUUCUGAGGCAUUUCAGGUGAUGGCUAACUCUGUUAAAACCCCGCUGUCAGACCUAAAGAGAAGCCAUACCCAGAACUGAAAAAAAAAAAAAAAAAAUCUGUUCAGAAUAACUUAAUAAAAAUGUGAGAAUUGUUUUCAUUUUGCAGCCACCCACAUUCAACAUCUCUAAUAAAAUUCACAUUAUCAGAGCAAGGUUUUAAAAGCACACCUGGUUUAGUGCCGAGGUCUGAGAAGUCUUUAGUGUCCCAAUUUACCCCAGCAAAGCUUUAUGUUGAGAAUUAUUGCUUAUUAUUGUGUUAUUGUUGCACAAAAUCUGAAAUGGUCUAAUCCAAUAUUUCAGUGACAGGGAGGUGGUAAUCUGUUUUUACUAUUGAACAGAUGGUGUACAAUGCUGUACCCUAUCUCUUCCAUAGUAUAGUGUCUCUUUUAUGCUCUGAUUGCAGAUAUUGUGUUAUUAUCACGAUAAAUGUAAAAAGAACUAGCCCACAUCCUGCAUGGUUGGUUCUCCCAGAGUUAUCCCAUCCAUGCGUGGUCAAAUAUAAUAAGACUUUACCCAAGAAUCAGCCCAGCCAUACAUGACUUUCAUGCUAUCUCAUAGCAGCCCAGUGUAUCCAGCUGUUACCACCCCUCAGUUGAACGCAAGCCCGACCCUGCUUUAGUCACUCAAAGUCUUUGUUUGUGUGCUAACCAUUUCCCCUGAAAGAGCCAUUGUUGCUGUUUGACAUAAUCCAGUGCAUGCCCUGCAGAUCCAGUGACAAGGAAAAACCCAAAAGACAUCCAGCAUCCACCUGCAAAACCCCGACACGAGCAUGUCUUGCUACAUAAUGUUGCCCCAGCUCCUAAAAACAUCCUACUUUGACUUUGCGGUAAUCUCUGACCACUGAGCCCAAUGUGAUGAAGCGUGAUGUACCCUUCCACUGUAGUCCCAAACACAUCAUACUUUCUCUGCUCCGUAGAAAGGUAUGAGGUUUUUUAUAGUCAAAGAAAAACAAACUAACUCUUUUAUCAGUCUUUUCCUGUAUGUACGGAGGGGCACUGUAAGCUUUUGUGGGGUUUUUAACAUUCACCACUGUUUUAACAAUGUUCCAUUUUAUAUGAACCAGUAUUGUUUCUUUUUUUUUUUUUUUCUUUUUUUUUUUUUAGUUCUGACAUUGUAUCAACCCUUUCAGGUGCUACAAAAUGACCAGUUACUGCUUUGUCAUGUAGGAUCUAGACUACUCUCCAUUGUUAUCAAUAGAUUUCAAUACCAGAUGUGCAAAAUGAAGCUUAUUUUAACAGACAGUUUAAUAGUAGAACACCCCCUCUACCAGACAAUAGAGCAUGUAACUUGAUUUUAUUGGUUCUGUUCAACUGUAACCAGACAUUAAAAGUGUUGUAGAAAAAAAAAAUGUGGAAUUGACAAAAAAAGAAAAAAAUGAAUUCCACAGUUAAUUUAUUCUUUUUUUCUAUUAAGAAUUUGUAUAGUAACUUUACAUUUUUCAAAACUGUGUUGUUGGAAACUGAUGAUGACUUUUCCAGAUGAGAAGACUUGGUGGUUCUUGAGAUUAUGAAAAAUAAAUUAUUGCUGAAUGUUCUCAA